AUGGCGACGGAAUCGGAUGGAGAGGAAGAAGGGAAGCUGAUUGGAGGGAACCAGCAGCUGGUUGUUGACGAUGACCUCCGCGAGAUGGCCAAAAAGGCCGCUUGGAGCGUCAGCUCUUGCAAGCCUGGCAAUGGUGUUCUUUCCCUCUGCGAUGACAACCUCGAUACCUACUGGCAAUCGGAUGGAGCUCAACCGCAUCUUGUUAAUAUUCAGUUUCAGAAGAAAGUUAAACUCCAAUUAGUUGUUCUCUAUGUCGAUUUCAAGCUUGAUGAGAGCUACACCCCUAGUAAGAUCUCAGUUCGGGCCGGUGAUGGUUUUCACAACUUGAAGGAGAUCAAAACUGUGGAACUUGUCAAGCCCACUGGUUGGGUGUAUAUCUCAUUAUCUGGAAAUGAUCCUCGGUAAGCAAUAAAGGCUCUGCUCAUAUUUUUUUGUUUCUGGAUUGUUCAUUAACUUCUCGCUGAGUUGAUUCUCUCACUAAAUUCUUUUAAUUUGUUUACCUUGUUAAGAUACGAUUCCAUCACUUUCUUGUAUCAAUAAUAUUAUGCAAAGUUCUAGUUUUUAGGAUAUUAAAUUUUUUUCCUUUCUAGAUAGGAGACAAUUAAUUUGAAUCGGCACCCAUCAAUUUGAUGUAGAUUGUAUUAGCUCUGAUACCAAAUUGAUAUAAAUCGUAUUAGGGAAGAAUUAGGAAUGAGAAGGGAAGAAAAAAGGGAUGAGAAAAGAAGAAGAAGGGG